AUGGCAAGAAGUGGCGGUGCGCCCGCGAGGUGGGUUCCUCUACCUGCUUCGUAUUCCCGGAUAAUGCCUUCCCUCUUCUCUUAUUGCCUCCUUGCACUGCGUUCAUGUCUAUUUGUGUUCCUGAAUGUUCCCGUGCCAAGUGCUUUAACAUUCCCCUUUUUUUUGCCAUUUCCCGUCCUGCCCUCGCUCCAUCAUGCCCACGCGCCCACGCGCUCGCGCGCACAGGUGGUGACGGAGCAGAAGUACUGCGAGCGCCACUUGCACCGCGGGCGCAACCGAGCGCGCAAGCUCAACGACAAGGCCACGCCCGGAACCUCCCUCGUGGCUGACGACGGGGAGACCACCCCCACAGCCACCACCGCGACCACUGCGACCAUGGGCACUGGUGCCGCGGAUGGAUGUCUCACGAGCGAUGGAGUGAGGGCUAUGGAGUCUGUGGAAGAUGGACGGGGCGCCAGCGCUGGUGGAAUGGGGAUUAGUGGUGGGGCUGGCGGGGUUGUCGAUAGGACAGGCAGUCCGUCGAGUGGCAAUAGCGGUGGAGAUGCUGUGGCUGCGGAGUGUGCAACAGGAAGGGAGAAUGAUGCGUGUGGACGGGGUGCGGGAGGGCGCGUGGGAGGGGGUGGUGGUGCUGAGAAGAGUGGGGCAACGGACGAGGGGAAUGGUGAGCCGUGUCAGGGGGUGGUAGCGGCGCCAGCCUCUGCUGCUGGUGCGGCUUCUGAGCCUGCAGGUGUCGUCUGUGUGCCUGCAGCUGUGGUGUGUGUGUCCACCACAGAUGUGAUUUCCCCAGUGCCUUUGCCCACAGGAGUGGUGUCUGUGGUGUCUACACCCACAGGGGCAGUGGCAGGCGGACACCCUCCUCCUCUUGCUCUCCCACCCCCUGCUCAUGCUUUGGAGGGCCGCGCUCAGCAGGUGCCACAGCAGCACCAGCAGGAGCAGCAGCAGCAAAGGUUGCCUGCUGGUUCCCCUCUGGCUGGGUCCCUGCCUGGAGUCGUUUCCGUGGUACAGCCAAGCCCAAAACUAACCCAAUCUGGAAGUUUCACGCAACCCAACACUCUCGCUUCUCCGCCUGCUGUCGUUGCUGCCAUUGCUGGUGCAUCGCCACAGCAACAGAAAUUGGGGAGCAUGCAGGGAUCCAUCAAGACUAGUGGAUCGACUGUGCAUGAUAGUGCUGCUGCUACGCUCAUGAAAGGUGACAAGCCCAUAGGCGCUGCUCCAAUGGACGUGGAUGCUCAGAAGCAAGGGAGCCAGGUUGUUGCCAAUGGAGUGCUUGUUUCGCAGGCAAGAUCCGAUGCAGGUGCACGAAAGGAGGUGGAAGGGCCGACGGGUGUCAGUGGGAGCUGUAACGAGGAGGUUGUUAUUGUUGAUGGGAAGGACGCCUGCCGGUUGGUGCCUGGCGAGGGAGCGAAGAUGGGCCGACUGACUCAAAUGUGUUCCAGAGCAUCGCCAAAUGUGAAGAAGCGGCUGUCAGCGGAGAGAUGGGAGGCGUGUCAAGACGAGUUCGGCCGAGUGUGGGCCAUUGAUGCUGCGCUCAAGCACAUACAGCGUGGGGGCGUGGAACCCAGCAUCCGAGGCGAGGUGUGGCCGUUCCUCCUGGGGCUCUACUCGCCCAACAGCACCCAUGAGGAGCGGGACGCCAUGAGGGAAGCACGACGUGAUUUCUACGCGAGGUUGAAGCAGGAGUGCAACGAGGUGGACCCAGUGGUGGGCAGUGGCGUGGUGGUGGACUUCCCCCGCGUGCUCGAGGACGGCUCAGACGUCCCCCUCCCCUCCUACUAUAACGGACCCCACAUUGACGACCCUUCUUCCACACACGCCGCCUCUGCUGCUGCUGCUGGUCUAGAUUUGAAUGGAGGAGGGGAGGGAGGUGGAGCAGCAGGGAGGGGCGGUGGAGAGGGGCAGAGUGCGGUGCUUCUGACGGAGCGGGAGAGGCUGGUGGGGCGGGUGGGGGAGGAGCGGGUGCGCAAGUGGCGGCUGGGGCUGCAUCAGAUAGGAGUGGACGUGCAGAGGGCGGAUCGCACGCUCGUGUUCUAUGAGGAGGAGGGCAACCGGUCGCGCCUCAUGGAGGUGCUGGCGGUCUACUCGUGGUUCGACCCCGAUGUUGGGUACUGCCAAGGCAUGAGCGACCUCAUGUCGCCCUUCAUCGUCACAUUCCCCAACAACGCCGAUGCCUUCUGGUGCUUCGAACGCCUCCUGCGCCCCAUCAGGAGCGACUUCAUGGGCACGUCAGCCAGCAUAGGCGUGCAGAAGGAAAUCGACAAUCUCAAGAAUAUCACCCGUGUGCUCGACCCCGAGCUCUUCGCUCAUUUAGACGAGAUAGGAGCGGGUUCCAUGUUCUUCACAGUGCGACCCAUCAUGGCCAUGUUCCGCCGGGAGCUCUCCUUUGCUGACUCCAUCUACUUCUGGGAG